UCAGUUGGUUGAAAGCCAGCUCUUGUACAAGUUGUUAAAAUUUGUGUAGCUUAUAAUCAACAAUAACCACCGAGCCGAUACUGAACACACACAAUCUUAGACAAGAAAUUUAUCAAAUACACUUGUUAAUAUUGCACACAAUGACGUAGGCUGUAUAUGUACAUUGUUUUCUUCCUUGUUCCAAUGCAAUUUCAUUUGUCAUUUGACCCAGGUCAUUUGCAUGGUCGCACCGUUACAUUUAGUCUAGCAUUUUAAAGACUAUUACCGCCGAUUUGUUGUUAAUGAUUAAUUUUAUUGCAUUAUUGACUUUGUUUUAGCCGUUUUGUCUUGUUUUACCACGGUUUAUUGGUAGUUUUAUUGACAAUGUGAUGUUUAUGCUAUGGCAUAAGUUGUGAACGUUUCCUGGACACACCAUGCCUUUGGAGAAACCCAAUUCAAGAUUAUUGUCCACCAGUAUUUUAGAGUUAAAGGAUGAACUGGAAGAGCGUUUAGAAAAAUGUUACAAUACAGUGCAGAGUAUGCUGGCAGGGCUGUCCGAGAGAGAAGCGAAUGAUGUAUUGAAUUCACAUGUGUCGAAGGGUCUGGCCCAACAUGAAGAAGUUCAGUUGGGUUUGUUGUUCUCGGUGCUUGUCGAUCCUAAGAGUGCUGCUAAGAGUUACCGAGAUAUGACCUUGAUCACAAGAGAUGGGCUCAACAUUGUCCUCACGAAAGCCAAUCAGAUUGUCUAUGAGAAAUGGCUCAAGAUUAACGAUGCUGCUCGAACACAGAUUGUUUGGUUUUGUAAGGAGCUGGUGCGUAACAAUGUGAUGGGUGCCGACAGUGUUUGUCAGUCGUUAAUCAGACAGAUAUCAGGAGGAGACGUGACGCCCAAAAACAUCUGGCUGGCCGAGAAUAUGUUGGAUGUUUUCAUGGAAUACAGAUCGUGGUUGGAAAAGAAUGGCAGUUUAGCAGCUACAGUUGUUUACACGUACCUGAGAGUUAUCAUCGACCACGGAGCACAGAUGUUUUCACACCUGCGUCAACGAGAGGUGGAGCUCUGUGUGUCCAUAUUGAGAGAAAAGUGGUCUGAUUGUAUGACGAUUGGUCGGGACCUGAUCCGGUUGCUGCAGAAUGUUGCUAGGAUACCAGACUUUGAGAAACUCUGGAAGGACAUUCUUCACAAUCCCACAACUUUAUGUCCAACCUUCACUGGUGUUCUCCAAUUGCUUCACACUCGGACGUCAAGGAAGUUUUUAGUUGCACGGUUGACACCAGACAUGGAAAACAAACUCGUCUUUCUCAUAUCUAAAGUUAAAUUUGGGCAGCAGAAGAGAUAUCAAGACUGGUUCCAGAGACAGUAUUUAUCCACUCCCGAAAGUCAAUCUCUCCGCUGUGAUAUAAUCCGCUAUAUCUGUGCUGUUUUCCACCCCUCCAACGAGCUCCUGUGUUCUGACAUCAUUCCAAGAUGGGCUGUGAUUGGUUGGCUUCUUACGACCUGCACGUCUAAUGUUGCUGCAUCUGAUGCGAAGCUGGCGUUGUUUUAUGACUGGUUGCUGUUUGAUCCUGAACGAGACAGCAUUAUGAACAUUGAGCCUGCUAUAUUGGUGAUGUAUCAUUCCAUGCGUCCACACCCAGCAAUCACAGCCACAUUGCUCGACUUUCUCUGCAGGAUCAUGGUGAAUUAUUGUCCAAUGUUCUCAGCGCAGGUCAAACAAGGCAUCUACACAUCAUUGAAAACUAUUAGGGACAAGAGAGUUUUACCGUCACUUUCUCCUUUGUUUGAUAAUUCCAAACUAGACCGGGAUCUCCGCAGUCUCUUGCGGGAACACUUCACAGAGUUCUGUUCACAUGAAGUUGUGAUAAAGGAGGAUCUGUCUGAGAAGAGCCUGAUGGAGAUCGACAACCGGAGUAACAUCGGAGAGAACCACCUGUCUCCGCUCCCUGGUAACAUGUCCGACGCGCGCUUCAGUGACGAAGACGACGACUCGCCAACCACCACAGAGAUGCCCGAGUUCGGGAAGCCGAAACAAGAAAUAGAGUUCGUACCAAUCGAGGAACCCACCAAAGUGGAACCCGUGGAUAUUUCAGAACAACUCGGUCAGCUGUCUGGUGACCUACGCGACCUCACAGCCCAGCUACAGAGUGAAUCGGACCAGGAGCUUCAGUGUGAAACCAUUGAUCGAUUGAUGCAGGCUGUCAUACAGGAAGAGGAGUUUGACACCGACAUUGCAGGACCUCUGGCCAUCUGUUUGUGUCAGAUCUUAAGCAGUCAGCUAAAUGGAACUUUGUUGCCGGAUGACGUUGAUGAUGAAACAAUUGAAGAUUCCAUUGGACGUCCACUGUAUGUUAUGUUUAGGUUUUUGAGUCAGAUGUCGGAAGAAGACCCGCGGAGACAGCCAUUGUUGUUACUACUUGGAGAGAUGUAUUCGAAACAGCCAAAGAUUGGCUAUCACUUGAUAUACUUCCUCAAAGUCAGUAAAAUGAAUGAAGAGAAAAUGGCAACGUACAAAGAUUUCUGCAAGAGUAUAGAUAACAAAGAUUUAGAGACAUGUCUGCUGGAUGAUUUGAAACUGUGUCAAGAGGAUGAUGUGAGAUUAUUUACUUUCCUGAUUCCAGACAUUUACACACAUUUUCCAGGCAUUGCUAUUGGUAAUGCUAAACUAAUAGAAAUGAUUGUGUCCUGUAUUGAUGGAACACAGCUCCAAGAAUUAAUCUGUCAAAUUUUACAAGGUCAUUUGACAAUGUUCAAGAACAAAGAAACAUUUCUUUCAGUGUUAAAUGAGAGUUUGGACUGGGAAACGAUAGAACAGUAUUUCCUCUGGCAGCUGAUUGCCGCACACAACAUCCCAGUGGAGCACAUUUUACCCAUCCUGCCAAAACUAGAAUACACCUCCCAUGCAGAGGCUAUGACGAGUAUAUUGGUGUUACUCAAACAGGAGAGCCCAGCUGCCGACUUGGUGCGUCCCAUCCUGGUUCGCGAGUGUAAGAAGUCUGACUACUUUGCCGUGUCUAUUCUCAAGUACUGGGCACAGGAACAUGAAGACAGACUGGCGGAGCUUAUUUUCCAACAGCUCACAAAGCUGAAUGGUGGAACGCCCAAGAAGAGACAAAGAACCGGAUCCUCCAAGAAGGAGAACCCGAGUGUGGACCAGGUGUUAGCUCAUCUCGACCACAUGCGACAGACGUGUCGUAACAUAUCAUUUUUAAACCAUGAAAAUGUUCAGCUGGCAUUGCAACAGGUCCAGAUGACGGCAAGUGAAGUUCAGAAAACAAAGUACAGUGAUCUGCUGGCAUUAGCAGAAGACAUUGAGUUUCAGGACAUAAAGACGACGCGGAAACUCCGCGGCGGUCGAAAAGGUUCCAAUACGAGUCCGAAGGCUCAGAAAAUCCGUAAACCAGCGCAGGAAUACACUGACAGCGACUCUGUCAGCAGUGAGGACGAAGAUAUGAAACCUAAAGCAAAGAAAAGAAAAAAGCCCACACCGACAGUUGAUGAUGACAGUGAGUGACUGAAGAAAAGUGUUUUACCCAAAGAUUAUAACAAAUUGUGUAGAACCUACACACCACAUCUCAUUUCAAAAGUCAGGAUCAGAUGUCGAUACAAGACAUCUGUAUCACGUGUCCAUGCAUGAUGUAACAGGUGGUCUCAGAAAUCUGUAUCGGACGUCCAUAUCGGAUGUUGAUUUCAGAUGUCCAUAUCGGAUGCAGAUUUCAGAUGUUGAUAUCGGAUCUCUGAGCAGUGUGUACUGGACGUCAGUAUUAAUACCAGAAGUUUGUUUUAAAUGUCUUUAUCGGAUGUUGAUUUCAGAUGUCCAUAUCGGAUGCAGAUUUCAGAUGUUGAUAUCGGAUCUCUGAGCAGUGUGUACUGGACGUCAGUAUCAAUACCAGAAGUUUGUUUUAAAUGUCUUUAUCGGAUGUUGAUUUCAGAUGUCCAUAUCGGAUGCAAAUUUCAGAUGCUGAUAUCGGAUCUCUGAGCAGUGUGUACUGGACGUCAGUAUCAAUACCAGAAGUUUGUUUUAAAAGUCUUGAUCGGAUGUUGAUUUCAGGAGCCUGUAUCAAAUGAUGGCAUCUGAUUUCAUAUACACUGUCGGCAUCAGAUAACAAAAUUGGGUGUCAGAAUGUGAAAUUGGUAUUGGAUGCCAGAUUGCUGUAUCCGAUAUUGUUAUGGGAUAUCUGUUAUAGGUGGUGGUGUCGGAUUUCAGUGUGGAAAGGCCGUGCCAGAUGUCGGGGGUAUUGGAUAUCUGUCAGAAGUCUACAUCAGAUGCCAGUAUGAGAUGUUUCAGGCUUGUUUGUAUUCAUGACAUUGCAGUGAAUUGAAAAGAAUGGCAAAUCGUAGCGACAAAUCUCACAACUCUGAUCUUAUCAAAGAUUUGCAGGAAUGUUUUACCAGUCGAUACUGGUAUUGACGUAAAGACAGACUUGUAGCAUGAUCUACAUGACAGCAUAUUAAUUCGUCAGUUCGUUUAUGAUGGUCUGAAAAGAGACUGAAAGAUUUUCAAAUUACAUUACAGAAAAAUCUUUUAACAAAGGUUUCAUAAGAGAUUUAAAAAGAAUUUCAGAAGGGCUGCUCUAUUUCUUGAAUUCUUUUUAUGAAAAUAGUUGAUUUACACUUUGCAAGUGUAGUUCCUAUUAAAAGGUUAAAAAACCUGGUUUUAUUGCAGUGUUUUGCAAGUAACAGAGAGGUUUCAAAACUGUAUGAUUGCGUUUAGUUAACCGCAGGUUUUUUAAAUCUUUACUGUAUUAGUGUUUGUGGAGGGCAUUAUCAGACGUUAUUACCCGUAUGGUUAAAAAUAUCUUGGUACAUAUCAAAGUGAUACAUCCCACUAGAACGCCAAGUGGGACGUAACACUUCUACGUCACAUGAUGAUGUCAUCGAUUGGCGCACUACAACAGAACGAGUU